UCUGGCUUACAGACAACUACUUUGACAACUAAAACUGAUGGCAAUGCUGAGCACCUAGAGUAUAUUGCUUUUGCACUGGUUCCUGUUUUCUUCAUCAUGGGUCUCUUGGGGAUCCUCAUCUGUCAUGUCCUUAAGAAAAAAGGAUAUCGCUGUACAACAGAAGCUGAAGAGGUAGAAGAAGAAGAAAAAAUUGAUGAAAAAAUAGAAAUGAAUGAAACUAUACAUGAGAAUAGUGACACUGUGGGACAAAUUGUUAACUACAUUAUGAAAAAUGAAGCAAAUGCUGAUGUGUUAAAGGCCAUGGUAGCAGAUAGCAGUGUCUUUGAACCUGAAAGCCCUUUAUCUCCUACCACUCCUGGGAGUCCAACAAGUCCAGGGUCUCCUUUGUCACCUGGUGCUAUUCCGUUUAAGCACAGCUGCAAAGGCCAUCACUUCCAUACUGUUGGAGGGGUGGUAGAAAAGGAUGUUUGUACUCGCUGUAGCCACAAACGAUGGCAUCUUAUAAAACCAGCUCACAAAUCUAAAGAGCACAGGAGGAGUCGCCUUGGAGAAGUUACAGUCCUUUCUGUGGGAAGGUUUAGAGUCACGAAAGUGGAGCACAAAUCGAACUCCAAAGAACGGAAAAGCUUGAUGUCUGUUACUGGCAUGGAGAGUAUCAAUGGUGAUAUGCCUGCCACGCCUGUGAAACAGGAAGGGAGCGAGGCACCUGCCACGCCUGUGAAACAGGAGAUGCAAGAGAGGAGAAGCUCAGAGUAA